AUGUCCAUGGUUGUGGAUGAUACCAUCUCGCGCCGUAGUCGCGAUGUGCGUCAGUUGUUGCAAGAUGCUGUCGGUCAGUGUGAUUCCGGGUCCAAUGCUCAUGCGCAAAACGGCCACAAUGAAUCGGCGGAUGAGACAGGCGGGACAAACAACCCCAACGCCAUCGGCAUGACGGACGCUCUCGAGCGUUUCACACUUUGGGCUGGGAAUCUAGGCGCUCUUUUACCACCGACUUCUCAACUUUCCCUUGAUAAGAGACUAUCUAACGCCCCAGAGACAAUCGAGCGAAUUUACGAAUUGCUGGGUGAGCUUGCUGAGGCGAUAUCGGACUUUGUCAUUAUUAUCUCAAAGCCGGCUGAAUACAGCCCUGCCAGUUCUGAUGAGAACGAUACCAACGGCAAGCAGUCCCCCGGUCCCGAAAUUGUAACCUCGAGUUCCGCGGACGAUCAGGUCGACGAAUGUCACUUGCAGCUCGAGACGAUAUCCGAAUACCUUAGAUCCCUGUUUCAAAUUGCCGUUCUUAUCCGCAAAUCGGGUACAAGGGAUAGGUUUUCCCACGCUAUAAGGAAUUCGAAUACAGCCUUUACCGACAUUAUCGAUGUGGGCCAUCUGCGGGACAAGUAUCCCAAGCUAUCCGAAAAGCUUCAAAAGCUUCUCGGGGGCGCCAACGCCAAGAGACGCCAGUUCAUCAAGUAUUGCCGCGACCACAAGACCCGUCUUGCGAAUGAGGAGAGGGACGAGGUUAUACCGGAAGUGACGGAAUCACGGCCUGCACGUACUGAGUUUCUUUCCAGCAAAGCUACGACAUAUGCCAUAGAACCUGCUUCUGGAGUAGAUUUUAAUGCACCCGACCUGACUCUCGAGGAAAAUGCUGCUCUGGAGGACGUCAUCUCUCAGGGCACCGUCUCAACCGUCAGUGCGACAAAUUCGACGCUGACGCUUCCACGACUUUCGAAGCUGUCCCCAGACGGCCGCCCUUUCGAGUGCCCAAUCUGCUGCACAAUUCAGACAUUUCAUUUCGAGAAGGCAUGGAAAAAGCACGCAUUCCAAGACCUCAGGGCCUACUCCUGCAUGGCGGGCUGCGACAAGAUGUUUGGCGACAGAGACUCGUGGUUCGAGCAUGAACUGCGGCAACAUCGAUCACAGUACAACUGCAGCCUGUGUGCAUCCCCGGAUCUGCUGGACGAGGCAGACUACAAGACGCACAUUAGGGGCAAUCAUGGGCCAUUCAGCGAUGAGCAGUUGCAGAGGUUGCUGGACUCCAGCCGUCAAACCGUUUCCGUUUUCCGAGCCCAGGACUGCCCUUUCUGCGACGAAUGGGCUUCCGCCCUCUGUACCAAGCGGGACCCCAAGGGAAAACAACGGCAAGAUCAAGAUUUAGAUAUAUCAGUUACGGCGAGUCGGUUCAGGAGACAUGUGGGCACGCACCAGGAGCAGAUCUCAAUUUUUGCUGUACCCAGGAAGACGGAUGAUGAUGAAGACAACAACGAGGCUCCAAAGUCGGGAACCCUUGGGUCUAUGUCGAUUCGUCAGUCUCUGCUAUCUUCUGACUCGGACGAUGCGGUCGAAUUGUAUGAGGAUUCCUUAGCGGAAGAUGCAACGAAGAAGUCGAACGUUGCAGCUGAUGGCCAUAGCCAUGUCCACGCAUUUACCCCUCACCUCGAUUACUUGAUGGCACCGCCACGCGAGCCCACCAGCCUCGUCUCUCUCAUCAAGGAGGCUUUGUCGUACAAAAAGGAAGGCUGGUGGCCUGGGGCGAUGCCAAACAAGGAGGAAGUCGAAUUCUCAGAUUUGGCUGACAUUAGACUAAAAUUUUACCUCGCCACAAGGAAAUGGAAUGAAGGCCAGAUAAAAGAGGCAGAAGACUUGCAACUCAGCCUGUUGCAAGACUGCAGUUCGAGGCUUGGGGCAUACCAUCCCGCUACGCUGACGCGGAUGCAUGACCUCGCUCAGAUAUACAUAUACCAAGGCCGGGAGCAAGAAGCCAAGGUGUUAUUGGCUGCGGUGAUAGACGUUGUUCGUACCAAGGGCAACAUGAAUACUCCCGACGCCCCACCAAAUGUCGAACAGAAUGUGGCCAGUAGUUGCAUAGAUGAGCGAAGCAGGGAUUCCGAAGUUUGGUCGGACAUUACGAACGUAUCCCUACUCAAGGCCGUGGAGGAAGAAGCCAAGAAACGAAUUGUAGAGGCUGUCCUUGCCAGGGCCAAAAUGAGGAGUCCCGACACCCCGGCGACUAGAGAUCAGGGUGUGAGAGGAAGUGGCUUGGAUGGACAACCCCAUGUCGACGGCGCGUUAGACCUCAAUUGGGCUGCACAGCCCGUAUACAAAGGGUCCUUUGAUGAAUUGGCCUUCGGGUCUCUGGGGGAUCUCGACCCGCGUCAUGAUGGCGCAUAUCAUUGUGCAGACAUAGAGAUCGGACUCUCAGACUGUAGUGCUUCAUUCAAAAACCUUGCACUUCUCAAGAAACAUAUGAGGGGCCAUAUCAAACCUGUCUUGUGCCCAUACAGUUCUCUGGGCAUGUGCGGCCACCGGACAGCUGAACAGCGCGACAUGAAGCGGCAUGUUGUUUCUACUCACCCACUCUGGGCUGACAUAAACGGCAUUUCAGCUGAAGCUGUAGCACAUCUGUUGAAGUGUGAGCCUUGUGAAAUGCAGUUCACCCGGUCAGACAAUUUGAGAAGGCAUCUAAGGAUCUUGCACGGCAAGGAUUUACAAGAUCUUAUGGAUUAG